UGAACGGAAAUGUUUUGGGAUAUAACAUACACCGACGCAACAUACUUGGCGUGGUAAAAUCGAGCUGCCUCUGAGUGCAAGGGUUUGGAUUAGGGUUUUGUGUGGGUUUGCAGUAGAAGCAUGUCUGGGAAGGAAGAGUACCGCGUGUUCGUUGGGGGGCUUUCCUGGGACACCUCCGACAGGGAACUCGAGAGCACCUUCAGCCGCUUUGGCAAAGUUUUGGAAGCCCAGGUGAUGUUGGACAGAGAAACAGGUCGGCCCCGUGGCUUUGGCUUUGUGACCUUUGCUGAUUUGCGAGCCAUGGAAGAUGCUAUUGAUCAGUUGCAUGGAAGAGAACUAAAUGGGAGGAGCAUCUCUGUCAACAAAGCUCAGCCUAAGGCUGAGGUAGAUUCUGACUAUGGCUAUGGUGGGUACGGUUCUGCAAGAGGGGAUUAUGUUGAUAGAGCACCAGGACGAUCUGAUUGCUUCAAAUGUGGUCGUCCUGGACAUUGGGCUCGGGAGUGUACUGUGGGUGGGGGUGGUGGUCGCUUUUCAUCUCGCCCUAGAUAUGGUGGAGGUGGUCGUGGAGACCGUUUUGGAGGGGAUCGUUAUAACAGCCGCUAUGAUGACCGUUAUAGUGGUGGCCGUUAUGGUGAAAGGGACCGUGGAGCUGAUAGUAGGGACAGAUAUGGCAGUCGUGAACAAUAUGGCAGUGAUCGUUAUGCAUCUGACCGAUACGCACAGAAUGGAUAUGGAAAAGACAGGGGUUAUGAGCGUGACAGUGCAAGGGGAAGUGAUCGAUAUGGCAGUGGUGGCAGCGGUGGUCCUGCACGUUAUGAGGGAAGCUACAGAGAGAGACCAGGACCAUAUGAUCGUCCAAGUCGGGGCCGACCAUCAUCUUAUGAUGAUCGUUAUUAAUGACUUAAUGUUUGUUGUGUUUAUAUUUUCUGGAUGUUACAGAUGGAUGUUACCUGCAGACUAUAUUCUUUAAGAUGAAAGGCUUGUAGUUGUGAUUGGAUAAGACAAUGCCAGAUAAUUCAGUUAUGCUAUAUAAUCAUGACCACAUGUUUUCAUGUUGUUAGGCUUUUAUUUAAACAGAAGUUGGUACAUGCAACACAGUUGAGCAUGGUUUGGACUUAAAUUUAAGGGCCUUCUCUGUAUGGAAGAGAUUGACAGUCAUUCUGAUAAACAUCAUCUUUUGCAGUGCCUUUGAAACCAUUUCAAAUAUAUUAGAAGUGGAAGUGUUCAGCUACAUAUGUUAUUGUUAUGUUGAAUUUGCUUGAAAACAGUUUUGUUUGAGAUGGCAGCAUCUUUAAGUUUCUAAGAAACAGAAGUGGCAUCUGGUAAUUUCAGAGUGAAGACUUAAAGACUCCAUAGGGAGGCUUGGCUUUUUAUUUGAGAUUCUUCAUCUGACGGGACAAUGAUUUUGAGAUCUGAGAUCUAACAUAUUUGCAGUAGUGAUUAUUUUUAUUGUUUCUUGCUGUUA